AUGUGUCCCCGGAGCAACUCGGCCUUCGUGCCGCCGGUGCCGAAGCCGCAGCAGAAGAAGUGGCGGCAGGAAGAGGAGUCAGGAGGCGGUCGCAGGGGAUCCCGGGCCUCCCGGCGUGCGUUGACGAAGAGCGAGGAUGUGCGGAGGUACAGCGCGGUGGAGCGUCGUGAGCGCAUCGAGAGAUACCGGAGCAAGCGCAAGCGCCGCAACUUCCAAAAGAAGAUCACCUACGCUUGCCGGAAGGCGCUCGCGGAUAGACGGCGAAGGAUCCAGGGGCGCUUCGCACAAGCCGGAGAGGAAGAUCAAAAGGCGUGCCUUGCAGAAACGACAGACCAAGGUUCAAGCAGCAGUAGCGGAAGUGCGGUGCCGGAGUGGUGGCCAGCAAUGGAGGAGGCGCUGGCCAGGAAGGAGGAGGUGGAUGGCAUCACUAAGCUCCUCCGCUGGGACCAUGAGAUGCUCGUCUCAUACCUCGGCCUGAACCUCUCCUGUGCUAGUGACCCUUCCAAUCAUCCAUCCACCUGA